AUGAGCCGCAGAAGCAUGCACCACGCGGCCGACGAGCGGCGCUUCCUCGACGAGCGGGGCACCUCGGCGGCCCUGGCCCCCAACGGCCUCAACCCGGCCACCAUCAUGGAGAAGGCCGUGCGGGAGCGCAUCGUCGACUCGUACUUCUGGAAGGAGCAGUGCUUCGCCGUCAACGAGGCCGACCUCGUCGACCGCGUCGUCGACCACGUGCGCCACGUCGGCGGCGUGGCCGGCGAGUCCCAGCGGCCGACGCCCUUCCUGUGCCUCGCGCUCAAGAUGCUCAUCCUCGCGCCCGCCGACGACGUCCUCGCCGCCUACCUGCGCCGCGGCGGCGAGCGCUUCAAGUACCUGCGCGCCCUGGCGGCCUUCUACGUCCGGCUGACGAGGCCCGCCGCCGAGGUCUACCGGACGCUGGAGCCGCUGCUCGAGGACAGGAGGAAGCUGCGCAGGAAGGGCCGGGCGGGCACGACGCUGACGUACGUGGACGAGUUCGUGGACGACCUGCUGGUGAAAGACCGCGUGUGCGCGACGAGCCUGUGGAAGAUGCCGGCGAGGGAGGUGCUGGAGGAUCUGGAUGUGCUGGAGCCGCGGGUCAGUCCGCUGGGGGAUAUCGAGGAGCUGUUGGAGGAGGAGGAGGAGGAAGAGGAGAAUGAGGGGAUGGAGGAGGACGAAAGGGAGCGGGAACGGGAGGAUAGGGAAGAGAGGCGAGAGAACGGGAGGUAUUCCAGCUCGAGGGAUUCGUCGCCGCGGAGGAGUCGUGAGAGGGAUGAGAUGGACGUGGAUAGCAGGAGAGAUGAUAGGUCGGAUGGAGAGCUUAGUCCUUGA